CCAACUGCUGUAUCUUUCUGUCUCUCUUUUUCUCUCUCUUUUUCUCUCUCUUUCUCUCCCUUCCCCACCUCCCCUCAUUUCAUUCUUUUUUCUGAACGGCUGCAUUCACAGCAGAAGAGACGCAUGAGAGAGACACGGACCAUGGUUCAGCUGUUCAGGGUUCAAUCCUCGGAUGCCACGGCUCUCUCAGAGUUGAUGGAAGAAAGGGAUGGCGGGCGAGAUGGCAGCCCGGGCACAGGUUCUCCUCACUCGCUUACAGCCCUGCAGUUCGCCCUGAACCCCUCAUCCACCGUCUACCACGGAUACGAGACCUACAUUGAGGACGGGCUCAUCUGCCUCAGGCACAAGAUCCGCAACAUUGAGAAAAAGAAGCUCAAGCUGGAAGGCUACCAAAUGCGGCUGAAGAAUGGUGAAAAGCUGAAUCAAGACCAAAUGGAUGCGGUAGGGAGGUAUGAAGAAGUGGUUCACAACCUGACGUUCGCCAAAGAGUUACAGAAAACCCUCUGUGCGCUCACUCAGGAUCUGUUGACGGUUCAGAGGAAGGCCAUGCUGCACGAGCAGGUCCAGAUGGCCGAGGCGGAACAAAGGCGUCUGAGUAUGAUGCUGCAGGUGCAGUAUGUCCUUUGUAGUCUCCAGAGACACGAUGUCAGGAAAACCUUCAGCACGCGUGAACAUGCUCGCUUCCUGUCUGCGGAGGAAGUGGAGAAGCUGCUGAACCUGGCUUUGUUAUUGGCUUGCAAGCGGGAUGAGAACAUGAGAUUAGAGGAUCAGAUGGAACAGGCCUCGUUUGUUUACCUGGACCUACUGGAUGGAAAAGACAAACCAGUUGCUGGUUCAACCUAUAAAUGUCUGAAGGAAAAGAUUCUCAGUCUGGUGGACUCUGGUUUAUUUGAUCGUAUUCCAGAGCCUAAAAAAGAUACCAAGAAGAGUGAGGAACAAACUCCUGAUGCGUUGUCUACAUCAGGCAUGUUGCCGGCAGGGGACAGUUUGAAAUCUGACGUGGCUUCACGGCAGUUUUUAAAUAGACGCUACAUAAUGGAGCGUGACCUCACCAGGCCCUUGCUGGGUCAGGGCAAGGAGAUGAAGGUGCAGUCACCAACCUGGAAGUCUGAGUUUGUAACCGUGAAGGAACAGGAACCACCAGACUCUUGGGAUAUGGAGUUUUCUGAUCCAGCAGUACCCUCCAAACCGGUGCUACAGAAGCCUUGGAAAGGACCAGCAGGAUUCAUACCCAAAUCCAUGGUCACACUGAAGUCUGCUGCUACGAGCAAACAGAAACGGCAGAUAAAAAAUAAAGGAAGCCAAGGCUCUAAAUCAGAUGGCGAGGUUAAGAGGGCUGGACCCGUGGAGGUGUUUAACUCUCCAUCCUCUCUGGCUAAGGAUCCUGCAUUGCGCAGACAACAGCUGGACCACCUGAUGGACCAGAUAACUGGCUCCUUCAGCUUUAUGCAGGACUCUUUGCUGGAUGGAGAAGCCAUGCCUGGAAACAGCCAAAGCAGAGCGCUGGGUCUGGCUCCUGGUAUAAUCCUCAAUUCGAUACACGCUCAGAGAGAACAGAUGAUCCCAGCUGACAUCAUGCCUCCAUCUCAGAAUUCGACUCCCAUUCAUGGCCACCAGCAUUCUGGAGAUGCCCAAAGCCCUCUGGCUAAUGGAAAUCAACUCACAGACACCACAGACCUGAAGCUGCACACUGAAGAUGGACCACAUACAGAAAAGCAGCCACUCUCUAAUGGAGAAGUUCCCCCGACUGUUCUGGCGCAGACCUUCACCACUCCACCCAGUAGACGAUCUCUACCCACAACCAGCACCACGUCCUUCAGCAGCCUGCACUCAGUGUUUAGCGGAAAGGUUCCUAUGACCAGGAGCUCUGAGGUGAAAACUGACGAAAGUGGCUUUUUAGGAUCAGUGUGUCUGAGUUACAGUACUGCAAGCACACUGAGCCACUCCACCGUGAGCACACAGACCCCACCGGAGCUCAGCCUGCCGCAAGAAGACCUGCAGAUGGAGAGUGCAUACAUUUCAGAAAGCGAGAUCAGCGCUACCAGUCAGGUUUAUUCAUCUCCUGGUCCAUAUUCUGCCCCUCAGUCUAGUCUGGUGCAGCAUUAUUACCCCCGCAGUACGCUCAGAGGUAUGACACAUGGUACAAGAGGACUCUCUCACUCCUCAUUCCGCUCACCUGGGGCUUCCAGAGGUGGCUAUGAGGUGCACAGAGUAAACGCACGUGCACCUGGAGGAGGUUUUAGUGCCCAGACCCAACGUGACACUGGAUCAGUUCUGUACACCUCCCAGGAAAACGGGUAUCAGCCGAGUCUUAAACGUACCGGAGGCACAGCAGCUCGGAGGACCAGCUCAGUUGGUUGGAGUGACUCUUCCCAGGUGAGCAGCCCAGAUCGUGAGGGUACCUACAUAAUUGACUCUGCUCAUGGUGACACGCUGACCAUCGCGGGGUCUGGUGCACCAAUCACUGGUCCUCCUCACACCCUAAUGCAUGUGUACCCCCAAAUUCGUGUGGCCUUUUCAGCUGCCCGUGCCACAAACUUGGCACCGGGUACUCUGGAUCAGCCCAUCGCCUUCGAUCUUCUCCACAGCAAUCUAGGUGGUGCUUUUGAUGCGCCCUCUGGCCACUUUUCCUGCCCGGCAGCAGGCACAUAUGUCUUCUUCUUCCACAUCCUUAAGCUGGCCAUUAGUGUGCCGCUUUAUAUCAAUCUGAUGCGCAAUGAUGAGGUUGUGGCUUCGGCGUACGCCAACGACGGCGCACCCGACCACGAGACGGCCAGCAACCACGCCGUGCUGCCUCUGCGCAUCGGCGAUCACAUCUGGCUGCGCCUCCACCGUGGCGCCAUCUAUGGCAGUAGCUGGAAGUACAGCACCUUCUCAGGCUUCCUGCUCUACCCGGACUGAGUUUAUCAACUCUACUGUACACUGGGAUGUUGAUUUGGAUCUUUUGGCUUGCCUGUUAAAUCACUCACAGCACUUUUUUCCCCUCCAUUCCUUAUUGCACAAAGUAGCAUAAAGUAGAUGUGGUGACAUUUGUCUGCUAAUUCUGAGGCAGGUUAGUCUGUGUGGAUUUCCAACUUACAGACACCCUUAAUUUAAAUGCUGGCUUUUUUUCAGAGCCAUACAUGUUGUGAAGCCAUGUCUGCUAACUGUGCCUUUUCUUUCUGGUUACUGAGCACUUGAAUCGCUUGUAUGAAUGUAGAUUAAUCUGAAUACUUGACACAAUGAGCACUUUAAAAGGUGACACUGUGACUGUUGUGAUUGAUUUGAAUGCUGAUUGCCAAUCAGGCAAACUAACCAAAUGUGGGUCCCUCUUUGUGCCUGAAUAAAAGAUGAUGUGCAAAUUCA